AUGCUGAAGAGCUGCGGGAGGAAACUGCUGCUGUCCCUCGUGGGCUCCAUGUUCACCUGCCUCCUGGUGCUCAUGGUGGAGCCGCCGGGGAGGCCGGGGCUGGCCCGGGGGGAGGCCGGCGGGGCGCAGCGGGCGCUGCAGAGCCUGGGGGCGGCGGCGGCGGUGGCCCCCCCGGCGGCGCAGGGUCCCUCCGGUCUCCGCAGCUUCGCCGACUACUUCGGGCGGCUGAGCCGAGCGCGGCGGGAGCUGCCCGCCGCCCCGCCGAGCCCCCCGCGGCCGCCGGCCGAGGACAUCUCCCCCCGCGAUGUCUUCAUCGCCGUCAAGACCACCAAGAAGUUUCACAAGGCGCGGCUGGAGCUGCUGCUCGACACCUGGAUCUCCCGCAACCGCGACAUGACCUUCAUCUUCACAGACGGGGAGGAUGAGGAGCUGAAGAAGCAAGCACGAAACGUCAUCAACACCAACUGCUCGGCCGCCCACAGCCGCCAGGCCCUGUCCUGCAAGAUGGCCGUGGAGUACGACAAGUUCAUCGAGUCCGGCAGAAAGUGGUUCUGCCACGUGGACGAUGACAACUACGUGAACGUGCGGAUGCUGGUGAAGCUGCUCUCCAGCUACCCCCACACGCAGGACAUCUACAUCGGGAAGCCCAGCCUGGACCGGCCCAUCCAGGCUACCGAGAGGAUCAGCGAGAACAAGAUGCACCCUGUGCAUUUCUGGUUUGCCACGGGCGGAGCAGGUUUUUGUAUCAGCCGGGGGCUGGCGCUGAAGAUGAGCCCAUGGGCCAGCGGGGGCCACUUCAUGAGCACAGCGGAGAAGAUCCGCCUGCCUGACGACUGCACCAUCGGCUACAUCAUCGAGUCUGUGCUGGGGGUGAAGCUCAUCCGGAGCAACCUCUUCCACUCGCACCUGGAGAACCUCCACCAGGUGCCCAAGACGGAGAUCCACAAACAGGUGACACUAAGCUACGGCAUGUUCGAAAACAAGCGGAACUCCAUCCACAUGAAGGGAGCCUUCUCCGUUGAGGAGGACCCAUCCAGGUUUCGCUCCGUGCACUGCCUGCUGUACCCUGACACGCCGUGGUGCCCCGCCAACGUGGUUUACUAGGAGGCGCAUGUCCCCUCCAACCUCGUCCCGCGUUUCCCCGGUAUCCGACGGGCGUGCGGGACCUGCGUGCGGGUGUGUCGGUCCGGCCUCGCCGUGAGGUGGACGGAUGGACGGACG